AUGUAUUGCCAGAGUUGGCCAGGGCUGCCAAGGGGUGUAGAAUUCAAUCCCAGUGAUAGUGAUCUUCUGUGGCAUUUAGCAGCAGAAGUGGGGAGUGGUCUAGCUGAGCGCCAUCCAUUUAUCAACAAGUUUAUCAAAUUUGUUGAUGGUGAUAGACAAGGAUUUUUUUGCACUCGCCCUCAAGAUAUACCGGGUGUUAGGCAAGAUGGCCGUGCAUCAUACUUCUUCCAUAGAAGUAUUGAGCCGUACAACAAUGAGAAUGAUGCAAAUAACUGCUGGAAGAAAAUUGGAACCCCUAGAUCGAUCAUUCUGGAUGGAACACUGCGAGGUUGCAAAGAGGUGUUUGCCCUGUAUUCAGACAUGACGAGUGAUAAAAGCUCUCAGGAAACUGACUGGAGAUUACAUCAGUAUCAUUUGUAUAACACAGUGAAGGCAGAGUCAGAGAUAGUGGUCUCAAAAAUAUUUCUUGCAUCACGGAACAGUCUGUGUGAAAUGACUGAGGAAGCUCGUAUUGAAUCCGAUUGGUAUGUUUCCACACAAAAAGAUUCAAGCGUGGAAUGUGCCAAAGGUUUUAACCCUGAAAUCUGUACUGGGACUGAUGAGCUUGAUCAUAUACCUCUGAAAGAGCGCUACAGGAUCCUUCUAGCAGACAAAAGUUCAGGGCUUGCUACAGUAUCAGCCAGGAAAUCUAUAAUAAAUCAUGAGGGAACAACACACAAAGAAGAUAUAUGCAGCAUGUUGCAGGAAAUUUCUUCUGCACCUCCUAUUAUAGAGAGUAAUCCCAUGGAUGAUAACAGCAACAGGAGGUUACUUGGUGAAGAUCUUCCAGUGGAGGGUUCCGAAAACCAGAUAGGUGGCACUGCAACUUGUAUGAGUGAAAACAGUGAGCUGGUUGCAAGAAAACAGGGGGCUCAUCUGGCUGAUGUAAAACUGGAGCCUGCAUUAGAAGGUUAUGAGAUUGGCCCUUCUGAAUAUCGUCAAGCAAAUUCUGCUCAUGCCGAAGGCUCAGUACCAUCUUUAGGAGUAAAAGAUGAACUAACCGACUGUGAGUUGCCUGGCUUAUGUGAGAAUGUUUCUUUCAGUUCCAGACAACGCAGAAAAAGGAAAACAAGAUAUUCAACUGAAAAAAUGCUUGAAGAAGAUGCUUACACUGUCGAGGAGGGUGUUGCUUACCGUUCUCGUCGAAGGAGGAAGAAAACAGCCACGGAUUCAAUUGAAAAGGCACUUGAUGAAGAUGCUCCAGGGCUUCUACAGGUUCUUUUAAACAGAGGAAUAGCGGUUGAAGAAAUCAAACUUUAUGGUGCUGAAGAAGAUAAUGAAAUGAUAGCAGAUUCUACAGAAAGUAACUUUGAAGAUCUUGAAAACGUCAUUGCAAAUUCACGAUACCUUCAGUUCCGUGACUGUCCUGUGGAAUGGGGAUGGUGCAGGGAUCUGCAAUCCUUUAUUUUUGUAUUUAGAAGCCAUAAUAGGAUAGUUCUUGAGCGUCCUGAAUAUGGUUAUGCAACAUACUUCUUUGAGGUGGUCCAAUCAAUUCCAAUAGAAUGGCAGAUCCGUAGGCUGGUUGUUGCAAUGAAGCUUAGUGGCUGUGGAAGGACAGCUCUUAUUGAAAACAGGCUGUUACUGGUUGGCGAAGAUUUAACAGAAGGCGAGGCACAUGUUUUGGAAGAAUAUGGCUGGGUAAGAAACACUGGGCUUGGCACGAUGGUCAACUACCGUGAUCGUGUGGUCCAUGACAGGUGGACUGAGAAAUGUGUUGCUGAUUGGAGGGCGAAGAUAGGGAAGCUUCUAAUGAUUGGUUAUGCCGAGGGCCAAUCAGUCACAACUCAUGGUCCGAAGAAAAUAGUGGACCUGUUGGAAGCUACCGGGGAUGCUGAACUUGAAAUAAAGUUGGAGGAUCCUUAUUGA